CGCUUGCCGCUGAGGGCAGCUCUGCCUGGGCGAAGAUGUCGGCGUUGCUGGACGAGGAGGAGUACGCGAGGCUGGUGCGGGAGUCGGGCCCGGAGUGGCUCCGCGCGGAGGUCAAGCGCCUCUUCCAGGAGCUGGGCGAGACCACCCGCGAGAAGAUCCAGGCGGCCGAGUACGGGCUGGCCGUGCUGGAGGAGAAGCAGCAGCUCAAGCAGCAGUACGAGGAGCUCGAGCUCGAGUACGAGACCGCCCGCGGGGAGAUGGAGCAGCUCAAGGAGGCUUUUGGCCAGGCUCACACCAACCACAAGAAAGUCGCAGCAGAUGGAGAGAGCAGGGAAGAGACCUUGAUUCAGGAGUCUGCCACAAAGGAAGAGUACUACAUGAAAAAAGUCAUGGAAUUGCAGACAGAACUAAAGCAAAUGAAGAAUGUCCUUGCCAACACACAGUCUGAAAAUGAACGCUUGAAUUCUGUGGCCCAGGAACUGCGAGAGAUAAAUCAGAAUGUGGAAAUCCAGAGGGGUCGUUUGCGAGAUGAUAUAAAAGAAUAUAAAUUCCGAGAGGCUCGUUUGCUCCAAGAUUAUACUGAACUUGAAGAGGAGAACAUCUGCCUGCAAAAACAAGUAUCUGUUCUGAAGCAGAAUCAGGUGGAAUUUGAAGGGCUGAAACAUGAAAUCAAGAGGCUUGAAGAAGUUACUGAAUUCCUCAACAGCCAACUAGAAGAUGCAAUCAGGUUGAAAGAAAUAUCGGAACGCCAACUUGAAGAGUCCUUAGAAACCCUGAAAACAGAACGUGAACAGAAGAAUAACCUUCGGAAGGAGUUGUCUCAUUAUAUGAACAUCAACGACUCUAUGUAUACCAGCCAUUUGAACAUCUCUUUGGAUGGACUGAAGUUCAGUGAUGAAACCACAGAGCCUAAUAAUGAUGAAAUAGUGAAUGGCUUUGAACAGAACUGCCUGAGCAAAAUCAAUGGCAAUAAUAAAGCAUCAACCCCUAAGAAAAAUGAGGGCUUCCCUCCAGCCCCUAGUCUUGUGUCUGAUCUCUUAAGUGAGCUGAAUAUAUCUGAAAUCCAGAAGUUGAAACAGCAACUUAUGCAGAUGGAAAGAGAAAAAAUGAACUUGUUGUCUACACUCCAAGAAUCUCAGAAGCAAUUGGAGAACACCCGGGGAGCACUUUCUGAGCAGCAUGAGAAAGUUGGUAGACUCACGGAGAAUCUCAAUGCUAUGAAAAAGCUCCAGGUCAGCAAGGAACGCCAGUCCGCUCUUGACAAUGAAAAGGAACGUGACAGCCAUGAGGAUGGAGAUUAUUAUGAAGUUGACAUCAAUGGCCCGGAGAUUCUGGAAUGCAAGUAUAAAGUGGCUGUAGCGGAGAUUAGUGACUUGAAAGAUGAGCUUAAAGGCCUUAAGGUCAAAUAUGAAGAGUGUGGCUCCAAAUACGAAGAGGAGAAGAACAGGUAUGAGACAGAAACGCAAGCUCUGACAGAAACGAUCACUUCAUUGGAAAAAUCUAGUAGGCAAGAUAGGGAACAGGUAGUCCGCCUGGAGAAGGAACUCAAGAAAGUCAGUGAUGUUGCUGGGGAAACGCAAGGCAGCCUCACUGUAGCCCAGGAUGAACUGGUCACCUUCAGCGAGGAACUGGCCAACUUGUACCAUCAUGUCUGCAUGUGCAACAAUGAAACUCCAAACAGGGUAAUGCUGGAUUACUACAAAGAAGGCAAAGGGGGGCGCACCAGUCCAGAGGGCAAAGGCCACAGAUCACCCAUCCUGCUCUCUAAAGGUUUAUUAUCUAUAGACUUGGGAAAAUCAGAUAAUGGGAGUGGGGAAAGUAGUCCUUCGCCAGUUUCAUCUCUCCCAUCACCAGUAUCCGAUCCCCGAAAAGAACCCAUGAACAUUUACAACCUGAUUGCCAUAAUCCGUGAUCAGAUCAAGCAUCUGCAGGCAGCGGUAGAUAGAACAACAGAGCUUUCUCGGCAGCGAGUGACUACCCAGGAACUUGGGCCAGUAGUGGACAAGGACAAAGAGGCUCUUAUGGAGGAAAUCCUGAAGCUGAAGUCUCUGCUAAGUACCAAGAGGGAGCAGAUAGCAACUCUGAGAACUGUGCUUAAGGCCAACAAACAGACUGCAGAGGUUGCCCUUGCCAACUUGAAGAGCAAGUAUGAAAAUGAAAAGGCCAUGGUUACAGAGACGAUGAUGAAGCUGCGCAAUGAACUGAAGGCUUUAAAAGAAGAUGCUGCUACCUUUUCUUCUCUGAGGGCCAUGUUUGCUACCAGAUGCGAUGAGUAUGUCACCCAGUUGGAUGAAAUGCAACGCCAGCUUGCUGCAGCUGAAGAUGAGAAGAAGACGUUGAACUCCUUGCUCCGUAUGGCCAUUCAGCAAAAGCUGGCUUUGACCCAGCGCCUUGAGCAUCUUGAGCUGGACCACGAGCAGUCCAAACGGGUGCGCACAAAAUCUGCUUCCAAAGCCAAGAGUAGUAACCCCAGCGUAAGUCAUAUACGGUCAUGCGGAGACAGGUCGGAAGGGUCUGUGCUUAACAACAACCAGGUGUUUUGCAGUGAGAAAUAUAAGAUAUAUUGUGAUUGAGAAGGCAAAUAGGAGGCCAUAUAUAUGCAUCUGAUGUUUGUGCUGUUGAAUGUCAGCAUAAAUCCCCACUAUAUUAAUGUUGCAGUGAUGAGUGGAUUUGUACUAGUAUGUUGUUAAACCAUGUAAUACAGGUUGUAUUAUAGUGGUCUUAACUGUACCUGGUUCACAAGCAUGGGGAGGGGAGAUGCUGGCAACAAGUUUAAUGGUGGAGAAGCACUUGGCUCUCUCUACCAUGAACAACUUGGAUUUUGCUGUUGGUUGAUAAGUGUUAAAGGUGCAUCCCAGGUAUGCUGCACCAGGUGUUACUAAUUGUAGCUUGCAAAGCACAAAUGUGGUCCUUUUCCCCGGGUGACAGGUCUUCUUCACAUCAUGGAGAGAGCGCCUCUGACAAAACCUUUGUGUUCAAAAUGUUUGAGACGUGGCGAAAUGCAUCCUUGAAAAUUAGAUAUGUAAUAUGAAGAAACCAACCUGCUGUGGCUGUUAGUUGCUCUCGCAAUCACCACUUACUAAUUGCAAAAAGCUUUCUUGUAAGCUAUAAAUGCUGGAACAGCCUAAUUGGAAGGAUAUCUUCUCAAGCCCUCUGUUUGCAGCCCAUGCUUAAUAUCAGAGAGAAAAUUGCACACUUACAAAAAUAAUAAUCAAUGAGAUAUGCAAUAUUGCAUGUCCCGAAACAAACAUAAUGCUAAAAGAAAACAAAAUUCGAAUCUUCAGAGCCAUUAUGUUGGGAGGAAGUACAUAUACUACAAAUGUUUCUGUAGUAUCAUGUUGUUGCUUCUAACAGUGUAAUACAUCAGAAGGGUGUAUUGCACAGUGGGCAUCAUAUAGCCAAAGUUAAAUUUAUUAAAAAAUCUCCUUGAUUUUGGUGGGAAAGUUAAACAAGUGUUGUUUUCUCCCACUGCAAUCAAUGGAAUUUUUAAAGUGCUUAAGCUCAUGCCCUUUAUUACUGUAACUGCACAGUAUACAUGUAUAAAAUUAAUAGAAGUAUGUUCUAGUAUUGUCAAGUUGCAAUGCAGCUGUACUUAACUGUCAGUAUUAACUCUUAAUAGGUUAGUGUUGUAGAGCUCUGAGAUUUUUUUAAGUAAAAAGACAUUGCAUUUCUUAUGCAAGCACACAUUUUACAGGGCUCUACAUUCUAGGCACCAGAAAUUAAGUGAUCUGUUUCUUGCUAAUGCAUAAUUACGAAGUAGAAUAGCAUAUACAGAUUAAUCUGUUUCACAAAAAAGUUGUCCACUAUUGAACAUUUAAGAGGCCUUUUAGCCACUUAAUUUCAAUAUGUUCGAUAAUUUUUUUGAAAAAAGUGUACUUCAUAAUUGGUGCCUAUAGAAUGCUACAAGACUGGGGGGAAAUGUUGCUUUUGAAAUUGUGAUAAAUUUAAGGAGCACAAUAAGGCACAUUUUAAAAAAACGAAAGAAGAAACAAAAGGAAUCAAAAGUGCCUAGCCUCAAACAUUAUUUUAAUGUAAAGCCCUGUUCAUUUUGUACUCUUUUCAAAGACCUUUGUAUGCUUAGAAUAUUAUUACUAAGAAGUCAUGCAGGACUGCACAGCUGUGUCUUCAGAUAGUAGUAAUAUUUUCCCCUGCCCUAAAGCCAUGCUAAUAAUAAUCUUGGUGUUGUACUGCCUCGUCUCAUAUUACUCUUCCUUUUAGAUGAUCAGCAGCUUGCUUCUUCUCUCUUGCCACUCUGCCUAUAAAGUAGUUAGGAGAUACAGCAAUUUUACUGUAAGUCUAAUAAGGAGACGUGCUGCCUGCUUUCGGAGCAAAAGGAAGCUAAGUGAGAACGGGACCUAUGAGACUAGGAACAAAAACUGUUCACAAUGACAACAAUACAAAUAUGAAAGAAUUGAAAUCAGAUUGAAAAUUUCUAAAGUAGAAAAUCUGGUAUCUAGAAAUUAGAGAAAUAAAACCCUAGGAAUGGUCCGGUUUAAUACAGAAAGUGGAGGGUCAGCAAAUGUGAAUGGUCUGUUUUUUCAGUUGGUUGAUGACUGAUUGACAGCACAACAUGCCUCGCUUUAUUACGACAUUUGCAGAAAACACUGUAUUCUCUUGAAUCUGAGCUUUAAUAUUGGUAUUUGGCAGGUUUUGGUAGUUUUAGAAACAUACCUUUUAACAAAAGAGUUGAUCCUGCUUUUCUCCUUUUUAAUGCACAAUAAUCCAGAAGGCCUUCUCCACCCUACUAUCUUACCAUUUUUAUUUUUACAAAAUGCCUUGAGAAUAACUAGGCAUUUAGAUUAAUACACUACUUUUCUCUGUUAGAAGCAGCAAACUCUUUUGCUUCCACGUUGACAGGGGGUUGUUGCUUAAAAUGCUAAAGGUAUCCUUUCCUCUGAUGGGCUUUGUGACGCAACACACACCAGGGAAGGAUAUUUGAAAGAAAUCAAUUGCUUUGGCAGGCUUUCCAGGUAACUGAAAGGAAAUAAGGACAUUUCAGUGUUGUACAUGUGUCAGUUCACUUCGCUGGUUAUAACAUAUUUACUGUUAUGUUCUGUGUUGAGUUAUUGAAAAGGCGGAGAUUUGAGCAAACUUAUUACUUUCUGUUGUUAUCUCAACCUCUGUUCUACACACAAACACAUAGAGAGCCUUCAGACUUGCACCAUUUUUGGUCGCUCCAGAUCAAAAAUGGUGCUCCAACCUAUAAUAGCUAAGUAGCAAGCCCUGCAGCACUUAUCCACUGGUCAGCUGUAGAGGUUGGCUGGUUUUAAACACAACUAGCAAAGGAAAUUCUGAAGACUCCCCAAAGGUGAUAUACUGUUGUAUAUAAACUUAAGACAGGCUGUCUGGACAGGCUUGUUGCACCGGCUGACUGACUAGCUUCCUAAACUAACUUUUGCUAUAAUGUUCUCAUUUUUGCUUUCAUUGAGUUGGCGAUCCAACAUGGAAAACCCACUAAGCCAUCACUUACCUCUGCGAGUGGAACGGUUUUCCUGAAUGAUUUUACUGACCUCUACCAUGGCUGGCAUGACUGACCUGCAUGUUUCUGGAGAGGCUCCUGCAAGAUCUCUUUCCUACUCACUGCCGUUUACUUCUGCUUGAGCAGCGUAGCUUGAUUCAGGACUUGUAAGACACUUUUUCUUCCUGCACAGCUUUUGCUAACAGGCCGUGCGUCAAAGCAUUGUUCCAGAUGCUUUUGAAAAGCACCCAUGAGCUACAUUGGCUGCUUUUCCCCCCUUUACAAAAACUAACCGAUGCCCCCUCCCCUCAUCAGACUCCUGUACUAAGGGACCUCUUGCAGCACACUUUUGUGUGUGCAUGUGUGUGUUCUUGUUUUCCUUUCUUGAACUGAAAAAGAAAAGAAAUCCCGCCCAGUUCUAAUGUGUUCACUUUUGUGUUUUUUUACUUUUCACUUUCCAGCUGUAGAGUAGUCCCCGGAGAAGGCCAGUGCAACUUCGUCCCUUCUUAGCCUGUGGCACAAAGAAUGGAAACCACUGAUAAUGAACCUUCCCCCCAACCCUUUUCCUCAAACAAAACCACGUAACUUUCAAUUUGCAAUCCCUGUUUGUAGUUUUUUGGUUCUCCUUUUGUUUUUUGACACAUUAUGUAUCAAUACAAACAAAGCUUUAUCCUUUUUAAAUGCUGCUGCAGGAAGAAAACUUACAAAUGCUGAAGAAACCUACUUCAACAUGUAAUAAUUGCCAUGGUAGCUUAUGGCUUAUUAGAAAUGUUCUGGUUGGUAUCUCCCCCCUCCCUUUUAUUUCAUUAUAGAGUGUUUUUUUAUUUUAAGAAAACAACAGUGAUUGUUUAAACCUGUGCACUUUUAAUAUUUUGAUAUUUACUUUGACGUCUUUUUAUUCUUUUUGUAGAAGAGUUUAUAUUAAAGAAUAAAAUCCAGUGACUUAUGUUUAUAGGCUGUCUCCAUCUGAGGCUUCUGCUUGAUGUUCUCCCCUCUGCAUAUCGCAGAGUUUUAUUAUUGCUAUUUUUCUCUGCAUCAUGUUUAGAAAAAGAGCUUCAGUGCAAACCAGGAUUUCUGCUAAACUAUAUAUGUGCUGUGCAUCAGCAUCUUUUUUCCUUUCCUUUUUUAAUUAUAAAAUAUUAAGCUUUAUCUGUUUGAAAUUACUGAUUUUUAACUGCCAUGUUAAUUGAGAAAUCCAGGGUAUUCAAAUUCUGGGGUUUUUUCAUAUUGUAUUAUUAUUCUUAGGAAUAGUUCAAUGUAACAAGAAGAAAACUUGACUUUGCUCUGGUUUAAAACAGUUAUAGGCACUUGAAAAUAAAUAUUAGUGUUACCUAUAAAUUCCAGAAUGUCUGGGUUUUAGGAAAAUCUUAUGGCGUAUGAUUGAUUAACAGAAUUUUAUACAACUAUACCACUGAAAUUCCAAAUUGGAAUUGGUUUUUGUUACUACUUUUUUAUUGUGCCAAAUUGUGGUACAUUUUAGAAGGAAAAAUUCUAAAGUUAUCAGUGCUAGGGUGUUCGAUUUCAGCGCCUUUUUUGUCAUUUAAUUGUUGCCAGUAGUGCCUUUCAUAAUUUCAAAGGGAGGAGCUUAGGCUAGCUUAGUCUGUCCAAGACGUGGUUUGGGAACUUAGAGGUGAUGUGGAGCAAUAAGUGCAAAGCAAACUCCCCUUCGACACAUUUUGUAACGGCUAGACCCGCUAGAGAGGUGAGAUAUGCGCAAAAUUGUAAAAAAUUCUGUUAGUCAAUGAUACUUCAUCAUGCAAAUUCAGGGGCACAGAAGAAAAAAGAAGCAGACAAGCAAACACAAGAAGCAAAACCAGAAUAUACAUUGCAAACCAAAAUAUGGAUGUUGUUGAAUAAAAUAAUAAGCAAGAUGUAUUAACACAUUUGUGGUUGCAGUACAGAGGGUGUUUUGGAAAUAUUGGUGUUCUGGUAGAUAUGUAUGGUGGUGGAUCCAGUUAACCAUAGUAUUGUUUGCAAAUGUGAAGAUGAAAAAGGAGACAUUUAAUAUUUUUCUCUUGCAUGUUAUAUCUAAUCCAAUGUGAUUUCAGGAAACAGAAACACAGGUGUGCAUCAACAAGGUGUACCUGCUGGUGCUAAUUGUUGAGGCCAAAGUCUGAAUGAUUGAAUUUGGUACUUCUUGGUGGGAGGGUGGAGAUCACCUUCCUCUAAAAUAAAAAAGUAGAAAUUUUGAUAAUAAUGUCAUGGGGAAAAAGCUUUCUGUUUGCUGGAAGAAACUUUAUUAUUCCUAGAAGGUGGGGACUUAUAUUUUCAUCAUCUUGGUUACAGUAUUGACUCAUGGUUACAUUUAAAUUACAUCUCUAUGUGGGUAUUUAUUUGAAAUGUCAAAGUACUGUAUUAUGUUAUUAUGUGCAUUACUUUUUAGUGGUGGAUUGGUCUCCAUUUUAUUGUCAUAUGCAUGUACUAUUGCCAAGUAACCUUUACACAGUCAGUGAGGGGAAAGGAGUCAAUGUAAUGGCUUAAAAGGAAGAUGUGGAAAUUGAUUAAGGUCCAACUUUUGUGUUCAUUUGAUAAUUUUAGGAGGUGUAGAGGAAAAAAAGAAGAGUCAAUUUCAAAUUAAUCCUAAAAGAGUGCAUGUUGUGUAGGACAGCAAUCUACCUGUGUAAAGGUAGUCACAUUGGCAGUAUCAAUAAAAGAGAAAGAAGA